GCUAACUCCCAGACCAUCUAAGCACUAAGCGGCUGAUUUUAAAGUGUGUGCGGCCUCUUGCAAGUAGCAAGGUCACAUCGUGGCUUUCGCUUGUUCUUCGGCCCGGUUUUCAGGCUUGGCGGGAAAAGCCAGCGAAGCCGUGCAGAGCUUUGCGCGUUGGGUUGGGAUCGAGGGCCGUGUAGGGCCUACGCGGCGCCUUUGAGAUGGGUGCCAGAUGUCAGAGAAGGACAAGGCGGCAGCAGGGUGCGAGACAUGGACGGACUUCCAUGAGAUGCUGAAGGAGGCGCAUCUUUGGGCACAAGGUCCGCACGAGAAGAGCAACUGGCUCAUGGACCGAGUGCUGGUGGGUGGUUGGCCCUUCCGCCUGCCCAAGGGCCGGGGCUCCCAAGGCGAGUCCCAGGAAGAAGGCCUGGCGAAGUUGUCCAGCAUCCUGGAGGCAGGCGUGCUGACCUUUGUCUCCCUCACGCAGAAAGAUGAGAUCCGUGGGAAGCAGUACUGCUACUCCAGCUUCCGUGCCCUCGCAGAGGCCAAGCACGCGGAACUCCUGGGCGUGCCGCGCCGGCGAGCCCGGCGAGGUGGCCGCGAGCUCCGCUUUCUGCAGUGCCCCAUGGUGGAUGGCGGAACUUGCUCGGACGAGCUGGUGAUGCAGCUGCUGCAGCAGUUGCUUUUAGAGCUGCGGUCCGGGCGAAGGAUCUACGUGCACUGCUACGGUGGCCACGGACGAACCGGCAUCGUCGGCUGUUUGCUGCUGUGCUUACUGUCAGGCGUCUCAGCCGAUGAGGCGGUGGCAAUCUUCAAUGACUUGCACUCUUUUCGUCUGGAAUGCGGCGUUGGCGGGCCUGGGCAGUUUCCCCACAGCGAUGCGCAGCUUCAGCAAGUGCAUCGCAUUGCAGAGCACAGGAAGCGCUUUGAAGCUUUGCUGCCAGCAGACUGACCCAGUUACUUUAUGCGUCGACUCCUUACCAGAGCAUCUUGCGGGCAAGGAUCAUGGCGGACAGAACGCUUGCGGAGUCGCUUUGAUAUGCCAAUGGCAGGGCGCCAUUGGGGCGAGGCCGUCAUUGAGCUUGCAAAACGGCACCUGGAAACUUGAUUCCAUGUGGUGACUGCAUCGUCGCGCCAAUGACCCGCUUGACAAGUUUGGCUGGGAAGCUGCUUCUGCUUGCUUAGGCGGCAUUUCCUCAAAUAGACGGCGUCAUAGACUUCUGGCCGCAGCAAAUCCAAGCCUUCCGUCGCGACUUGUUGGCCAGCUUCUCCAUGCUUUUCCCGUGCUACCGUGAACCAACAUUCAGACACACUGUUGGAGAGUGUCACGCCCGACCGUCACGCCCGA